GGGAGGGGAGGGAAGGAGAGCUCCGCACGCCCCGGCGGAAGAGGCAGAUUCAGGAAGCCAUUACGCAGCUCCCUGGCGGAGGUUCGGGCGGUGGAGGCCGGGUCGUACGCACUUUGCGUAGCGCCGGAGGUUGUCAAGGGCCUGGGCCUGGGCCUAGGCCUUGGCAGUGGGCAGGAGAGGCCCAUCCCCUAUUGGGGGCGGCAAGCCGAGGAAGAGGAGGAGUAGCAGGGAGCUGGGGAAGGGGGCUUUGGGGAGGCCAUGGCGGUACCAGCUAAGAAGAGGAAGAUGAACUUCUCAGAGCGUGAGGUGGAGAUCAUCGUAGAGGAGCUAGAGCGCCAGAAACACCUGCUCAUCAACCACUUCAACGCAGGCGUGCCCCUGGCAGCCAAGAGCGCGGCCUGGCACAACAUCCUGAGGCGGGUCAACGCCGUGGCCACGUGCCGCCGGGAGCUGCCCGAGGUCAAGAAGAAGUGGUCCGACCUGAAGACCGAGGUCCGCCGCAAGGUGGCCCAGGUCCGGGCCGCCGUGGAGGGCAGUGAGCCCCCUGGAGGGCCAGAGGAGGGGGGCCCCGGUGGUCCGGGCCCGGGCCCUGGAGGCGCUGGCCCCUCCGUGGCCCCUGUCCUGCUGACCCCCAUGCAGCAGCGCAUCUGUAACCUGUUGGGUGAGGCCACCAUCAUCAGCCUGCCAGGCGCAGCUGAGAUCCACCCCGUGGCCCUAGGGGCAGCCACAGCUGCGGCCACUGUCACCCUGACACAGAUUCCCACUGAGACCACCUAUCAUACUUUGGAGGAUGGAGUGGUAGAGUAUUGUACAACAGAAACACCCACGACAGUGACCGCUGAGGCACCUGUGGAGAUGAUGGCCCACCAAGCUGAUGUGUCUGUCAAGCCUCAGGCACUGAAAAGCCGUAUUGCACUUAACUCAGCCAAACUCAUACAGGAGCAGCGGGUCACCAACCUGCAUGUAAAGGAAAUUGCCCAGCAUUUAGAACAACAGAAUGACCUUCUGCAGAUGAUUCGGCGUUCACAAGAAGUACAGGCUUGUGCUCAGGAGCGCCAAGCCCAAGCAAUGGAAGGCACCCAGGCAGCUCUGAGUGUCCUCAUCCAGAUCCUCCGUCCCAUGAUUAAAGAUUUCCGCCGAUAUUUGCAAAGCAACACACCAAAUCCUGCUCCACCAUCUGAUCCAGGUCAGGUGACCCAGAAUGGACAACAAGAUAGUCUUAUUCAAUGACAUCGGGAUUAAUUGAACUCCUUCUUCUGUGACUGAAUGGAUUCUCUAUUGUAUUUCAGGCAGGUCCUAUGGUUGUCCUUAGGAUAGGAUAAACUACAUGGAUAACUUCCUAUUAGAUAGGAAUUCAGUGCUCUUGGUGCAUAAUGUAUUUGAGAACUGGAGGAAGUUGGGAUGUGGAAAUUAUUGAGCUUCUUGGAACCAGAGUUGCCUUCUCCAUGAGGCCUGCUGCUGUUAUCCCAAGAGCUGGAAGACUGGUUGGCCAAGGCAUCUCCUUGCUGGAGGACCAGGCACAGCUGUGUGAACAUUACAUGACUUGGUUUCAUGUCUAGAAGCUCUCCUGUGAAGGUCAUAACUGGAAGUGGUACAGCCAAGAGUGAGAAUCCCAGAUAUUGCUGGCUUGAAUGAUGAUGAUAAGGUGCUGACACUUGUACAAUACCACCUUUGUGCUCUAAGAGGCAGUAUCACUGGGACUGAGGCUGAAAUUGUACCCUCUUCUUACUGUGCCUAGGGCCCCAAGGGAAUUUAGUAAUGUAUUCUCCCCCAGGGCAGCAGGUUCCCUUGGUCAUACCCUAGAAUGUUUCCUCAGAACUCUGAUGCCAGCAUCUGUGACUUGAAGCUAAACUCCACCAGUGCUGCUCAGGAGGGGUUCAGUUGGAGGGGAGUGUCUCUGGCUGCCAACAUGUCUUCCACAGACUCUCAUCACUCCUCUGGUGCCUGUUUUUUCCCAACAUCCUUUAGUUGGGUGGUAUGUUUAGUUCCAGGCUUAGGUUGUGAACUAGUAAUUGCUGGGGAAGAUAAGCAGAGGGAUAGAGGAUCAUUAGCUCUCAACUCUUAACCUCCAGGGAUUGCCUUUAAUGAGACCUGUGUUGAAUUUUUGACAACUGAAUGGGCUCCAUCAAACGUGUCCACUUCUACACAUGUGUCACAGGAACAAAUUCAGGAUUUUCAGAGUACAGAUCUGCAGUGCAGAUUCUUCCCUCUCCUUACUAUUUCCUUCAACUCUCAGAAGUUAAAUGCAGAGAAACUGUGUAGCAGCAUCACUCUGGAGCACUUAUACCCAAAAUGUUAGGUUGCUCCACAGUAUUGCUGUGAGAUAUCCAGGCUCCAGAUGGGAUGUCAUGAUUGACACUGAACAUAUGGGAAGAGUAGGGUGAGGUUACUGUGAAGACUAAAACUUUUGGAUUCUUGGAAAUUUGGCCAUCUCAACCUUGCUUUAAAAAAAAAUGUUCUGCAUUGAGGAAAUCCCUGCCUUUUGGAAAGGAGACAGUACCUUGAGAUACUUAGAGUUGGACUUCAUUAUUCAGUCCUUUGAAUCUACUCACCUUAUUUUCAGGAGCCACUGUAAUUUUUGAAGGUUUAAUUCUAAUUGAAUGGCCAUUUUUGGUUUAGUUUUUAAAUUUUCACCUAUCACUGAGGCCCUUGCAGCCACGUAAGCCCAUGUCACCUUUGAUGAACAAGGUUGGGCAGUAUCACUGUAUGUGCCUUGACCAGAUGUGGCCCAUGGUUGCAACCCAAGGUACUAGCCCCCAGCUUUACAAAGGGAAGAUGCUGCCUCUGUGGGCACUUGCUUUUAGAAUUGCUAACUUCCACUAUUGCAAUCAAGAGAAACACUCCCUUGCCCCCCAUUCCCCAGUUCUGUUAUUACUCUAACGCUGAUGGCUUUUCUGCACAGCCAUGCAUGUAGUCCCAGUAAAGAGUUGGGCUCGCUGAUGGACCUACAAGAAAAGUUUUUGAAGAUAUGGGUGGCUAAUAGAACCCCCUAAACCCUUGGUUCCAAUGGCACCAGCAGCUCCAAAAGGAUUUAAUUGUAGUGUCCUCUUUGAAAAUUCAUACACAAGAGAGCUCAGCUGGAUUUUACCCAUUUUUGAAGUCUGAGCCAGUAUUGUGUCUGAUCCAAUUGACUGGGUACAAAGAAGAUUUCUGGGGUCACUUGGACUAGUUCUUUCCAAGUAUUUUUAAUAAUAAAAGCCCACUUUUUUGUACAUAAUGCUUCUCUGCUUAUUUAUUGUUCACAUAU